UUUAGUUCCCAAGGUUUGUUUCUUUCAAGAACGCUUCCCAAACAAUGGCAACUAAGGUGUGGAUGCCACUACUCUGCAAGCAGCAUCCCCACAAUCCUCCUCUCUCUCUCUCUCUUUCAUUUUAAGCCCUUUUCAACAUAUGACCAUGGCCAGCAGCAACACCCAAGAUGGGCACCUCGACGCCAUUUUCAAUCAGAAAAACGCGCUUCGAACUCAGGUCCGAAAGACCCUCAAGGCCAUCCAUCCCUCCCAUAGAUCUCAACAAGACGAUGCUAUUCAAAAUAUAAUCUCGGAAGCCCCCUGGUUCAAAUCUAGUCUCAGAUUAUGCGCAUACAUAAGCUGCAGUGCUUUACGGGAGGUCGAUACAUCCAAACUUUUGUCGCAAAUUUUGCAAGACCCAGUCAGUGAUGGGAAAAAACUAUAUGUGCCGCGGGUGGAGGAUAAGAAUAGCCACAUGCGUAUGCUCAGGAUUUCGUGUAUCGAUGAUCUUAUUGCUAAUUCAAUGGAUAUCUUAGAACCAGCUCCGAUUGAUGCUUAUGGAAAUGCACGUGAAGACGUUAUGCAGGCAAAUGAACCUGUUGAUUUGUUUCUUCUACCUGGAUUGGCAUUUGACAAAUCUGGAAGACGUUUAGGCCGUGGUGGAGGUUACUAUGAUACAUUUUUGAAGAAUUACAAAGACCUUGCAAAUACACGGAAUUGGAUUCAACCAUUACGUGUUGCUCUGUCAUAUUCGGAACAAAUACUAGAUGAAGGAGUAAUACCGAUGACUUCAUCCGAUGUUCCAAUUGAUGCUCUUGUUUCGCCGGCUGGUGUGAUUCCAAUCACUACGGCGGCCAUCAACAGAAUGGGUCCCUGAUACUGGACUGAAUCCGAACCUUUCAAUAUUGUAUCUUCAAUAGAAGCAUGGUUCCUUUGGAGAGUGGCGCUAAAGGGGACUUGGAUUCGGGGUUUUUCUGCAACAA